AUGGAUGGUGAUUUGAAGCAGCAGAAUGCGUCCUCUUUGAAGAGCACGAGCAAAUUGUUCAAUGACUUGAUCGAGUCAUCCAAGACUCUACCAACUACUUCUUCAGAACUAGGCUCGAUUCAACUGAGUAUUAAUGAAAUCAACAGACGUUCGAAAGAUUUAAGAUCUUCAUACACACAUGGAAAACCAGAAUCAGUGAGAGAUCACACAAAAGCUCAUUAUUUAUUAGCUGGUAGCGGGCUAGCCUUUGAAGAUGUCGACUCUUCUUUAAAUUUUUUAAAAGAUAAUAAAUUGAAUAAAACAAUCACUACCACAACAACUGCAGCACAACAACAACGACAGGUAAAUACAGAUGGAAUGGAAAUUGAUAGCUAUUUAAAGAUAAAGAAGGAUGAAAAUAUCUUGGCAUCUAUAGAACAACUCUUAUCAUACGCGGCAAAAGAUUUUGAUAAUUUUAUUAAUCAAAAUUUAAAUCUCGACUGGAAUCAAAGAAAAGAUCUAGUGAAAGAAAACUUCGGUGUUCUUAUUCAUAAAAAUGAAUCCAAUUCUUCAAAAGCCACCUCUAAAAUUAUGAAUUGGGGGUUAGAUAAAAAUAAGAAUAAAAAUUUCAAGAUUUUGAAUAACAACAGUAACGAAUCAAAAUUAAAUGUCAAUGAAAAUUAUUUAGUUAGAGAAAUUUUCGAAACAUAUGCUAAAACUAUUCACGCAUUCAAUAAUUCCAGACAAAUGGGACAAAUGUUUCCUCUAACAAAAGAAUUCAUUUCUCUCUUGUCAAGUAACACCGCUCACAUCAACAAUGUUAACGACUCUAAAAAGAGACAGCUAUUAGAAAGUUGGAAAGUCCUUGACAAUUUGGGUGGAAUAGCAGAUCAUAAAGAUACUGUAUCAAAUGCUAAGGACUAUUUGGAAAAACAAUUUUUGGGGUACGUCGAUAGUUUAUACAAUAAGAACAUGGAUGAAGGAUUACCAACAAAUAUCAAUAAGAUAAAAUCUUUUAUUGAAAGCAAAUUGAAAAAUACUUCCAGUAAUACAUGGAAAAUAAGCAACUUGACUAUUGUCAAUGGAGAACCUAUUUGGGCAUUAAUAUUUUACUUACUAAGAGCAGGUUUGAAGAAAGAAGCAUUAGAAAUUGCGAUUAAUAAUAAAUCGAGUUUCAAAAAAGUUGAACAAUCAUUUUUGGCCUAUUUCAAAGCCUACAUUUCUUCAAACGAUAAUAGGUUACCAAUAGAAUUCUCAAACAAAUUGCAUACCGAAUAUAAUCAACACAUUAAGAAUUCUUUGAAUGGUGAUCCAUAUAGAUUAGCUGUCUAUAAGAUCAUUGGUAGAUGUGACUUAACAAGAAAAAACAUUUCCUCAGUUACUUUGAGCAUAGAAGAUUGGUUAUGGGUUCAUUUCAUGUUAAUCAAAGAUGAUAUUAAUGACAAUGAUCCAAUCUAUGAAAGGUAUACUCUAGAAGACUUUCAAAACAUCAUUUUAUCUUAUGGAGAAGCCAGAUUUACCAAUAAUUACUUACAGGUUCUUGUAUUAAGUGGCCUAUACGAAUUGGCGGUUGAAUAUGCUUAUUCUUUCAAUGAAUUCGAUGCUGUUCAUUUAGCAAUUGGAUUUGCCAAUGAAAAUCUGUUAAAAAUUGCGUCUAUAGAAUCAAUAUUAAGUGAUACCAACAGUUCCAGUAAAUUAGUUGUUUUCAACAAAAAGACAAACCAAAGGGAAAUAAAUUUUGCUAAAUUAAUCGGUAAUUACGUUAGGUCAUUCAAGUUUUCAGACCCAAGAAUUGCCACAGAGUACUUGAUAUUGAUCAAUCUAAAUAAUAAUGGUAAUGCCGAACAAAUUGAACUUUGUCACGAAUCUUUAAGAGAAUUAAUACUUGAAACAAACGAAUUCACCAUACUAUUAGGUAAGAUAAAUAGAGAUGGUUCAAGGAUUCCAGGUGUCAUAGAAGAAAGACAAUCAUUACUACAACUGAGAGAUACGAAGGAGUUUUUACGUACAAUCACAGAGCAAGCAGCGCGUAAAGCAGAUGAAGACGGUAGAAGCAGUGAUAGUUUAUUGUUAUAUCAAUUGAGUGAAGAUUAUGAUAUUGUCAUUACAAUUGUCAAUGGACUUCUGAGCGAUAUUUUAAGCAAUACAGAUCUAAAUCAAAAUCUCAUCAGCUUCAAUGAUAACAGUGAAACAAAUCCAAUUCUUUUGGCUGAGAAACUAAUUACAAUCUAUAUGGAGAAUUUAGAGAUCUCAAAGAAAGUCCAUACUAAAAAUAAAGAAACGUGUAUUCUAUUGUUGAGCCUAAUUGAAGUGAGAAAAUUAUUUAUUGCAAAACAAUGGCAAAAUACCUUGUCAGCAAUAGAACAAAUUGAUUUACUACCGUUUACAGACGAAUUAUCUGCUAGAAAAAAAGCACAAGAUUUCACCACUUUGAACGAAAAUAUAAUCAAAUGCAUACCAAACCUUUUGAUAAUAACGAUGACUUGUUUAUCGAAUUUAAUAACUAGCUUAAAUCAAAGUGAAUACCAAUUAAUGUCUAAGAUAGAGCAAAUUGAUGCAUUAAAGAAAGUUGCCAAGAAUUGUAUGGUCUACGCGGGUAUGAUUCAAUACAAGAUGCCUAGAGAAACUUAUAGUACAUUAAUUAAUUUGGAUGUUGGAUUAUAA